AUGAAUAGUAAUAGUAAUAGUAAUACUAGUAAAAAUACUAUUAACAAUACUAUUAAGACGGAGAAUGUGAUUAAAGCAGCAAUUGGCUCAGUUCUAUUUCCGCCCAAACCGACUGACGGGAGUGAAGAGAUUGGCCACAUCCCAACAACAAAAGUUGAAGAGCCACAACAAUUGAAAACACCUGAAAAGAGUCAUAGCCACAAAGAAGAGAAAAGUGACGGGAAUGGCGAAGCGAGCGAGAAGCCUGUUGAGCGCACAAAGCGGAAAUAUGUCCGUCGGAACCCUCGAAAGAACAUGAAGAAGAAAGACGAUGGGAGUGAAGUGUCUGAUAAGACGGAGAAGAGUCUUAAAGACCAUUUGAACCACAGUAAACGGUCGGAGAGGAAGGACAAGACUUCAGAAAGAAAUAAGACUUCGGACUUUUAUAAUCCAGUUGAAGGGAAUUGCGGAGUAAAUGAAAUGAUUGAAAAGACUGCAGGAGUGAAUAUUCAUGUGGAGAAUACACCAAUGGGGGAAUAUCCAUAUCAACACCCACAAGUGUGUGACCCCACGCAAUUCUAUGGGAUUAAUCCAUAUGCCCAAUAUCAGUGUUACCCACAAAUGAUGACCUCCGACCAACCACAAAAACCAAUAACACUGAAUUUGAGUGAGAGCGACGUCAAUGUGAUUAAUCAAAUCAAUCAGAACACACAAUUCGGACAAUUCCAGAACAUCCCCGAGAACUUUAGACAGAUGCCAAUCCUCCAGCCGAUCAUCGUACAGUCACAAAUGCAAUUCCAAAAUUAUCAGAACUACCCCGGGUGUCCAAUCUAUACCACAUUCACACAGGAAACAGGCGAGAAAGUGCAGGAGACGUCAAAUGAUGAAGGUGGGAAGAAGAAGAGAACAAAGAAGAAGAAAGCAGAGAAGGAUGAAAAGAGUGGCAAGAAGGGAGGAAUGCUUAAACCACCAAUGCCAACUCCCCUCGACACAGAGAAGACUAAAAAGAGCUUCCAAGUCCUCUCUAAAAAUUUGCCUUCUGUAUUAACAGAAGACGCGAUGAUAAAGACUCAGAAGAGUAUUAGUAAGGACGGAGCGGUGGAGGAGGACAAAUGUAUAACAGAGAGGACGGAGACGGAUGACGUGGAAAAUGUCCAGAAGACUCCACAAGUGGCAUUAGAAGGGCAACAAGUGCAGACACAAAUGCAGACUGUUUUUACGCCCGUCACGUUACCGCCGCAAUUUGCAAAUCUUUCUCUGCAGACGGUGAACACAUUCAAUCAGAACAUUUCCACAAAUUACAGUCCAAAUGGGUGUCAACUACAAGGACAAGUCAAUAGUAGACAAAUAGUUCAAAAUAUUAAUAAUCAUACUAUUAAUACGAAUACUAAUCGGACGGUCACUCCUUUAAAUACAACUAACCAAAUCAAUCGCCACACGACACCGAAAAGUGUGGCGACGGAUAAGAUCAAAAGUUUAGUGAAGAACGGCGUUGCAGUCAUGUUUGGGACGUUAGAAACAAUAGCGGACGAUUAUAAAUGCCAACUCUACGACAUCCAAACGGUCCAAGUGAAGUUUGCACCACUGUUUCCGAUGAACAGGAACACUCCCAGUGACCUGGAAAAGAACCAAUUUGUCACCUUUUUAAAAACAGUGGAAUUUGCAAAUGCGGAUUUGGUGGUGUUCUGCGACGAGUUUGGGUUCCAAAUUGAGAACGAACAGAUUGUCCAAGCGUACCCGAUUCUUGGGGGUAUUCAAGUGACUCGGGAGAGUCGUGUGAGUCCGAUCUUAUUAGGGAUUAGUCGGAGUGGGAGUGUGUUGCGAGAGAUGUGUAGUUGCACGCAAGCGUGUGCGGAACAGUUAAACAUGAUCUAUCGGAAUGUGUUAUAUGAAGUUCAAUUCUCCUUUGGAUUGACAAAGAGUGGGUUUUCGAUGUGGUGUCAGAAUGUGUACUAUCCUUAUUUAAAUCAACAGCGCCAGUUGAUUGAGAAGAGAGUCGCAGACAAAGCACUUGAUGUCUUCGAUGAAACUUUAAUGAAUAAGAAAAAGGCGAUUUUAGUGUUACCGGAGUGUUACAUUGACUUUGUGAAUGAAGACGAGAUGGAGAGGAACAACGUCGAAGUGUGCUACUUCUCGGAGAGUGUUGCGAACUUCUUGUUCCCAACACGGAAAGUUUUCUGGGAGAUUCAGAAGAAAAUUUAUUAUUCAAAUAAUUUCAGAAAGGAGUCCGUCUGUUUUAUGGCACUCCAAGUCAUCGAACGUCUACGAAAUCAAAUCGAUGAACGGGCAAGGCAAAUUGCUUUGGAAAAUGCUCAAACGAGUCCGGGGAAAGUCAUUGAAAAUUACAAUGAGAAGAGUAAUGAAGGAGUUGAACAUCAAGAUGUACUCCAAGGGAAUGUGCAGAGUCUCGAAGUGAAGGAUUGUGUUGAAAAUGAGAAAGUAGGACUCUGUGGGACUUUAGAAGUACAAGAAAAGAAGAUUAAUAGUGAAAUGGAACCUUUUGAAAUCGUCUGUGGAGACAAUUUGGUGACAGAGUUAACAGAACUCUCCGAGAAGAGAGUCGAACACUUAAAGAUGACCUUUGGUGAACCAGAAGAGACAUUCGAAUUUGAUAUCUCAAGCUUUCCCAUUGGUAUCAAUUUGAUGUGUAAAGAUAUCGUGAAGACUAAAGGGUUCAAGAAAUUGAAAAGUCUAGUCGAAGUGAUGGCUUACUUCUUCGAAAAUUUCCAGACAAUUGCUCCUUUCAUUAAUCAAGUCAUCGCACAAUACGAACAAAAUAAAGAAACGCCGGGAUUUUCAGCAUGA